CUUGGGCGCUUGGAAAUACUGGCGGUGCCAUGUUGGAGAGUGACGAAGAUGGUGCCCCUGGGCGUGGGAAGAUCAUACAGAGGCACAAGCGCGAGAUGAAGGCACUGUUGGAGCAAAAAAGGAUUGAAUCAGGAAAGUUGAUGAGUUUCGCCAAGGCGAAACGUGAGAACAAAAAGAUCGAAGCGAGACAAGAGAAAAGAGACCUAGAAGACAAGUACAAAGCCUUGGAAGACGCAAUGAAGCAGAGACACGCAGAAGAAUUACGACAAGCCUCGGAUGAGACUCCAGAGGAAGCAUCAGAUCAGCCUCCGCAAGCCAGCGAAUACGUGGAAGUCGA